AUGCCGCCGAGGAAACGCGAACACGAUGCGGACUCCCUCAAUGCUCCCGCCAGUACCGCUCCCGCCAAACGACAGAGAGUCUCUCUUGCCUGCGACGCGUGCCGAACCGCCAGAGAGAAGUGCGAUGGCGGCCGUCCUCACUGCGGAACCUGCACGGCGCAGAACCGGCCAUGCUCGUACACCCCUGCCUCUCGUAAGAGAGGCGUGCAGACGGGUUAUCUACGAACCAUUGAGCUCUCGCUCGCCUGGCUGUUUGAGCAGGUUCCUGACUGCGAGGGAGCUCUGCAUCGUCUACUUACACAGAAUGAUGGGGCAGACGGCACCCGCAUCCUGGCCACCAAGGACAAGGCUGGCCAUCGACUCUACCGCCGAUGGAGCAAGAGUCGCGUCCAUAAAGACAUUGGACGAAUGCUAUCGGAUGAAAAGACCCCUCGGAACGAGACUUCGGCAGACGACUCGGAGACGGAAGAGAGCAUCAGCCCGGCCAACGCCAACCUCUUCGAGGCGAAAUCAUCACCUGGAUUUUCACUUCAAGGUGCAAACCUUUCACAAGCAGAUCUACCUGCGAAUACCUACCAACUUGGCGGCAUGGCUGAGCUGCCAGUGCCUACCAAGCUGACACUCCCUCCGAAUUGGAAGCGGCUCAUCGACAUUUACUUUUGUUACACUCACAGCUGGCUCCCGAUCGUCGAGCGGGAAAUGGUCACCAGCACUGCCUUGGCCUAUCCCUCUGAAGGACUCACACUCGAGGCGAACCGGUCGUCCGCCCUACAUGCUCAGCUUUGGGCUGUGUUCGCCGUGUCUUCUUUCCAAGAUGCAGCCUCCUCCGAACCCUUCCACAACAACGGAUUCUCACCGAGCAAAAUCUACUCGAUUGCUCGACAACUCAUACCCUCCGACGACGAGAGUCUGGAAAUCCCUCACAUUUCUUCCCUCCUCCUUCAGUCACUGGUCCUCCUAGGCCAGAAAAAGACCAUGUCCGCAUGGCUACUCAUUGGCAAAGCCUCACGCCUUGCACUCCAUGGCCGAGCCACCAACUCGCACAUGUUCCCGGUCAAAGAAGGUGGCGAGGCCUCUCUAAACCACGCUGAAGUGAGAAUACUAGCUGCUAGCUUCGUUUUGGACUCGUUGGCUUCUCUCUGCCUGGGCCAGUCCCAGGUCACCUCGGGCAUCCGAUAUAGUCUGCCUUCUGUGACCAUCGUGCAGUUGCUGAACUUGAACGAGCCAUGGGCUCCGGUUUCAGGGUUUGGCAAGGCAUCUGAGCAUCGGGACGAAUCAACGCCAGAAACGGCGUCACCCCUGCCGACAUUCCAGCAAUUAUUUGCUUUUUGUAGGCUCUGGGCCGCCAGCAUGGAUGCAAGACUGUACGAUAGUCCCACUUCCCGCAGGAUCACCCCUGAAGACCUUGUCAGAAGUCUGGACGCCCAGUUUUCGUUCUGCAACUCGCUCAUCUUUGGGGGUUCAACUCCAGCGGUGCCAUCAGCUUACCUACUCCAAGGCAUGUUCUUGGCCAUUACCUUGGACCUGGUGCCUGGCCACAGGCCAUCACUCUUCUCGAACCUGAUAGAGGUUGUCGAAUCGUGUCUGGAGACCUUUGGACCCGGUGGAACACCCCCCAUCGUUGUCACCUUGAUGGAGAUCGUGCAUUGUCAUGGCCACAGCAGCCGGAUGCAAGAACACGACAAAGUCAAGUGGGAUGCAGCCUCGAAAGCGCUCACAGACGUCUGGAAACCCAACAAUUCAGGGAUAGAUGGGCCUAAAGAGCAUCAAAACAACAUUGGCGUGGUGGAUCCUAUCAGUCGCCCAAUCGCCGGGCCAGUCUUCAUGGAUGAGAUAUCAACCGCCUCUCACCACACCAGCCAGACAGCGCCCUUGACCUCAGGAGAGCUGGAACAUGAACUUAACCGGAUGCAACAGCGUCAAAAAGAGCAGCAGUUCUUGUCGUACGAGCGGCAAAGAUAUGCAGGCAACUCAGACAACAGUCCUGGCACAUCACAGUCUCUCUACCCAGUCACACCCAACCUGACGUUCCAGUCCCCUCCAGUCAACGGCGGGCAUACAGGGAAUCUGCUGCACAGCUCGCACAUACCAAGCCAGCUGGUAGAUUACGACGCCAUUCUGGAAGAACUUGGAUCCAUAGACUGCGGCGACAGCAUCGAAGUGGACCCCCAGUUUAUGACCAACCUAGGGUUUGCGCCCGGCUGCGACCUGGGCGAGAUGUUUCACGGCGACUUUGGUACAUGA